CAGACCAAGGUAUUAAUAGCUAGUUAGCGUGGAUUAGUGUCACAUUGAAUUAGCCUCAACGAGACCGGUCUAAACAGUCUUAAGAGAAAGUGUAGGUGAAAAUCACUUCAGUCCUGUUUAUUUUAGGCUAGUCAUAACACUAUCACACUGCCUUAAGAGGAAAGGGAGCUGUCACAACCAGAGCUGGAUGAGCUGAACGAGGCCUUCAAGGAGUUUGACUAUGACCAGGACGGCUACUUGAACUACAAGGACCUUGCGGAGUGCAUGAGAACUAUGGGCUACAUGCCCACAGAGAUGGAGUUGCUGGAGAUCAUUCAGCAGGUCAAGAUGAGGUUGGGAGGCCUCAUGGAUUUCGAGGACUUCUGUGAGCUCAUGGGCCCCAGAAUGCUGGUGGAGACGGCAGACAUGUUGGGAAUCAGAGAGCUCAGGAGCUCCUUCCAACAAUUUGACACGGACGGCGACGGGAAGAUCUCGCAGGAGGAGAUGAAGGAGGCCGUGAAGACGCUGCUGGGGGAGAAGCUGAAGAAGGGCGAGCUGGAGGAGAUCCUCAAGGAAAUCGACCUCAACGGAGACGGAACCGUGGACUUUGAUGAGUUCGUCAUGAUGCUGUCAGUCCAGUAGAUAGAAGAAGUCGGUGUUGAUAUGCACUCCGGUUGUUGAGGAAGGUGACUAUGUUUCGCUCAACAUCAUAGUGUGUAUGAGACUGGGUCUGGAGAGCUCUGUUCACUUCUUUAUCUUUCUGUAAAUCAAGAUUUCAUCUUGUUUUUGUCUGAGAGAGUGUGUUUGUGUGUCCUCACUGGGAUUACAAGUGUGGACACAGACACAGUACAUUGGUGCCUACUAUGAUGACGUGGUGUAGUGUUCCGAGUGAAACUCCCCAGUGGUCUCUGCAGAGUAAACUGAACAUUUAGUAGAUUCUGUACAAAAUGUAAAGUAACUUGUGUUGUACAUUAUGUUGCGGUAAUUUCAUAUUAUGUAAACUUUUUAAUUUUAUUAAAAAUAAACUUCAUUGUA